CACUAUACCUUCCAACUUGAAAAAUAUCUAAUCUGUCAGUUUCUGCGUACAAUGUUCCAAUUCUGUAUCAGUUUCAUCUCUCAGAUUAUUACAAUUCCCUUCACUUUUUUGUACCACAAAACUCACUGUUUAACGCUGCAUCCAUAUCCUCAAGAAUAUGAAGAGAAUUUUCUUUACUCUGGGGACCUCCAAACUUAGCCAUGAUAAUUGAUUUCAGAAUGUCGCGAUGACGAAUAGAAACACCCUUUUUCGCGUCCUCCUUGACACGGAUAUCAAUAUCGCACCAAGCGACAGCAAUAAAACAAGCAGCAGCAGUAGUUCUUACAAUGGAUCGGAUGCGAACUUCGAUAGCAAUAUGGUGAUAAUAUUAGCAGCCUUGCUGUGUGCAUUAAUAUGUGCACUUGGCCUAAACUCUAUUGUACGUUGCAUUAUCCGAUGCAGCCGAAGAUUUGGGUUCGUGACAGCUGAAGAGGCUGCUGCUGCAUCAACAGGUCUCAAGAAAGAAACUUUAAGCCAGAUUCCGGUGGUGGUUUACAAAUCAGGACUGCACAUUCCAGCUACAGAUUGUCCAAUUUGUAUUGGAGAAUUCAAAGAAGGAGAAAAUGUGAGGAUAUUGCCAAGAUGCAAUCAUGGCUUCCAUGUCAAAUGUAUAGACAAAUGGUUAGUUCUGCAGUCUUCAUGUCCAACUUGCAGGCGGCCAUUAUUUGAACCUUCUGCUAAUAAUAAUGCAUGAGUAUGUUAUAGUGAUUCGAUCAAGCUCAGUAGGGGUGACGGAUUCCCUUUUUUGCACCUAAAUUCUCCGGCGAGAAUGUUGUCUGAUAGGAUAGAGCCUUGUGUACAUGUUAAUUCAGAUAAUAUUGUUACUCAAAUGGUUAUCUGAUCCUUCCUGUUUCAGUA